UGUUCCUGUCGCCACCCUCGACUUGGAGGCAGGCAACUACGUCAUCGUCCGAAAGCACACAAUAUAUAAGGGGGUUUAGAGUAGGGAAAUUAUCUCACAAUUCAAUUCGUCUCGUUUUCUCCUACUAAUAAUAGACUUGACCAUGGCCGCCAAGAAGGACACUCCCGAGUUUUAUCAGUUGGACUAUGCGAAUCUUCCCGACGAGUUGUUCCAGUCGGCCGUUCCUGCCGAGAAAUGGUUGGAUCGAUGUGUGACGACGACGGAAAAGUCCGGUUUUCCGCUCAACUCGUUGAACAAGGUCCAACCCGUGGAUUGGGUGGUGGAAGUGGAACGUAUUAUUGGGAUCUCGCUGUACAUGAUUUUGAAUGUGCUUCCCUUUUUGAUCCUCCCCAUGGCCAUUCUCUAUUUUGGUGUGGCGACGCCGUGGGCUCAGUACUUGGUUUUGUUCGUGUUGGGCUAUGUCGCCGUCUUGUCGUUUUUGGAGACCAUGGUGAUGCAACCCAUUUUUCAACGGCGCUAUCAACAAGCGGGAUACUUAUUGUCGGAUGAGAGCGAUUUUCGCAACAAUCAAUACGUCUUUACGGAACGCAACACGUGCAAAUACCUCAGUGCCUCUUACGUGUGGCCCCACUCGAUUCAUCCCCCGGCAUUGGCCAAGACUCCCGUUCUCUUUUGCAUUGUCCCCCAUGGCGUGGGACCCUUUGGUAUUACAGCCUAUCCCAUUUGGAGCAAAUUGUGGAAUGCAAAGCUCUGUCAUUGGACCACGGCACCGGUGGUACUCAAUAUUCCCAUUGUGGGGUAUUUGCUCCGCAAAAUUGGAUACAUUCCCGCCAAGGCACCGCAAAUACUCAAGACUCUGACCGAACAAGAAGACAAUGUCGGAGUUAUUCUCGAUGGUAUUGCGGGCAUGUUUCAGGACUCGUCCCACAAAAAGGAAUUGGCUUACUUGAAAAAGCGCAAGGGAAUUGUCAAGAUUGCACUCAAAGCAGGAGUCCCCAUUAUUCCGGUUUACGCCUUUGGACACACGGCAGCCUACAGUGUCUUGGUGGAUCCCUUUGGUAUUCUCGAACACUUGUCCAAUUCACUCAACACCAGUUUGACACCCUUUUUUGGUCGUUGGGGAUGGCUCUUGGGGCCUCCUCGGCGAGUGCCUGUCACGGUGUGUUUGGGGAAUCCCGUACAUUGCCCCAAGACGGAAAGUCCCACGCAAGAACAAAUCAAUGAGUAUCAUGCCAAACUGCUGGAGGGAUAUCAACAAGUCUUUGAUCAACACAAGACGGCGUAUGGGUGGAAGGACAAGACGCUGGAAUUUGUAUAGAACUAAAAAUAGUAUUAAUUUUUGGACAACAACCUCUAACUAACCGAACGUGUCUGCGAUGCAAGAGCUACAGGACUAUACAACGAAUCAAGU